AUGGACACUAAGCGCAAUAUCGCUGUGUUGCUUUACGAUCGUUUUGUCCAGCUAGAGCUCCACCCCUUCCUGGAUUACAGGAGCAUGAAACCUGGCGACGAGCUCUUGGUGAAUAUUGAAACUGUCAUAAAGUACCAGAAAAAGAUCAUUCCCAUCUUCUAUGAUGUCAACCCCUCUGAUCUUGUGCCUGUUGAUGAUGGAAGCUAUCCAGCCAAGGAGCUACAAAGGUUUAGAUUGGCGCUUGAGCAUGCCAAGCGUAGAUUGGGUCUCCCUUUUGAUCCGUCUAACGGGUAA